UCGCAGCUCUUGACUACAUCCACCGUGUCCAUCUUCCUUCGGAACAUCCCCAGCCUAGCACAAUCCUGAGCGAUACUCGAAGCUAUCAUGUCUGAAGAAGUGAAGGGCGCCAGCAACAACGAACUCCUUCUCGCCGCUGCGCGCGAUGACAACGAGGACAUGCUGCUCGAGCUCUUCGAUGAAGGCGAUCUUGACGUCAACUUCCAGGACGGUCUAGGAAACACUGCUCUGCACUACGCCGCCUCGCUGGGCAAUAUUGACGUGCUCGAACACAUCCUCUCACACGAUGAAUGCGACGUGGACCCGAUCAACCGCAUAGAGCGUGCAACGCCGUUGCAUCUUGCCAUGAAGAUCCAGGACCCAGAGCUGCGGAGGUCGGUCGUGGAGAGCCUGCUCGACGCUGGUGCAGACACCUUUAUCAAAGACAAGAAUGGCGAAACGGCUGUGGACCUGAUCCCCUCGGACGACAAGGAGACGCCCGCGCUCAUCCGGAAGGCUCGUGCGCAGGCUACUCGGGCUCAGGAGGAUGUAGUCGAUGACGAUGACGAUGACGAGCCUGGAUCAGGAUCCGGCUCUGAAGAGGAAGAAUAGACGGAAAACAAGAUAACGGACGGAAAGUAAUAUAAUAUCUGUAGAUUGUUCGCGAAUCCAGGCGGUCAUCAUCAUCAACACUUGACAACGAAAUGACAAUGUAACACACUAUCCCGCACAUACAUUGCUCUCCAUGAUUGUCUUCGCCGAGCUGUCGCUAUGCCUUGCGUCUCAGACAUCGCGAGUAAUGCAACGUAGCCGCGACUUGCGGCCCAGCU